GCGGAAACGCAUCAUCUACAGACCGGUGCACCAUCGCGGCCAAAUACUCUAGGGUGUUUUAGUUACACGCUUGUUGGUAGUUGGCAGAGGUUCUGUAAAGCCUACCCGAUAUGGGAAUGUGUGCGAGUGAGUGUGUUAGUCUUUGGGGCCAGUGAUAAACUUCAUCGUUGAAGAUCACAUCCAAAGUGACGAGGAUUAAGGCAGCAUUGUUAUUAGUCUCGCUUUAUGUUUCGGUGCGGUGCUUUUCUUCGCGUUAUCCCGUUUUGUGCGCGGGAAGUGAAAUUUUAUCCACCAUUUCCACUUGAGUUGCGACGCGCCGAUGGUAUAGCAUAGUGUUUUAAGCAGUGCUGACGACAAAGUUCAAAGUGAUUGAUGAGCUUUUGAUGUUGGAGAUAGAGAAGGAAUGCAUCGUCGCUGUAUCGCUGUACGCUAGUGCUCUUCAGUGUGUGUGGCAACAAAUUGCGGUAAUGGAUCAUUUGCAGUUGGUGAAAUAUGUCGCUAUCCUGGUCGUGAAGAGCAUGUGCGGGGCGAGUGAACUGCAAUAAAAAAUUUAAUGAAGGCAUUCUUGUGGUGGUCCCCGCACACAAUGGCAUGCGUGCCGGUGGAAAUUGAUUCAUAGUGAGAAGAAUGGAAAAAAAUAAUAAAAGCACCCGCUGAUUCAUGGUUCGACGAUAAUGAUUUUUCGGUUUAAACGGGCUGUGUCUGUUUUCAAAAUAAAUUAUUAACCAGAAUAAUAGCAACGAUCAUAGUGAAUGGGGUGUUGAGAUGAAUUAUUGAAGAAUUGAAAGCACCGAGCAUUGGCGUGUGAGGUUUUUCAUUACCGGAGGAUUAACUGCAGUGGUUAUAAUGGCUAUAUUUCUGAAGCAAUACAGUGCGUGACGAGAAAAAUGGAGCAAAGGAUUAUCAGUAGCGUUUUUGGAUUAUUGAUCAUCAUACAGCACGGCUCAGGCGAUGAUUUAGGGCUUCUUUCCAGUACAUUGCGGGCAUUCCGGCAAGCAAGCUGCGAAAACGACCUCAUGAUAUUAUCCUGCCCGAUCGGUACAAGCAUCAGCGUGGAAGUCGUUCAGUAUGGAAGAAAAGAGGAAAACUCCUCCAUACAAUGUGCAUUUACUGAUGCACUAGAUAGUCGAUAUCCAAUGGAGUCGACCACGCUGAUGUCCGAUAUGCCGUUCGUUUUGGGAAAUUUAACGUUCUCGCUUAUUGAGCCUGGGCUCAACGAAACGGCUUCACUGGAUAGAUCAAGAAGUAAAUGUGUACAUAGUUACGUGUUACAGUAUUCCAUCCUGCAAAUUGUAGUCGAAGCCUGCCAGAAGAAACGCAAGUGUUCGUUCCGAGCCACUCCGAAAGUAUUCGACACUGUUCCAUGUUCCGGCAUCCACAAACUGGUAGAAGUGAGCCACAAAUGCAGACCAUUCGAGUUCCGUAGCCUCAUUGGAUGCGAGAAAGAUGUGAUACGAUUGGCCUGCGGUCGUUACACUAGGGUUGCUAUCUACAGUGCUAGCUAUGGGAGGACGGCCUACGAGAGCUCGCAUUGUACGCAGACGGCUGGCUCCAAGGAGGACACUUGCCUGUCGACCCAUACCAGUCACACACUGACGGAAAUCUGCCAGGGAAGGAGAAAAUGUACCGUUGCGGUAGAAGCAUCCACCUUUGGCAAUCCAUGUUCUAACAAUGUUCGAGUUUCUCUGAAAGUUGUUUACGCAUGUGUAUCCAGAAAUGUUUUUAGAGACCGCUACAUUACCCCUCUGGAAGAUGAUGAAUUGGAUCAGCAUUUUGAGCUGAAUGAGUUCUAUGAUGACGAGCUAACCCCCGCUCCUAAUCAAGUGGAUGAUUCCUCCAGUGGCCAGAUAAGCCAUAAAUAUUCUGAUGAGCCUGAGGCAACUGUGAAGGCUGAAAAUAUUCUCACACAAAGCAAGGAUGCAAACAUUGAACAUCGGAUCGAUAAUCAUCUAUUGGUAAUCGUCAUGGUGGUAAUAUUCUUCGGAUGCUGUCUAUCGAUUGGGGCUUUGGUGGCUUACAAAAUGAGAUUACUAUCACCGGCAGACAAUGCAUGCAUCAAGCAUUCAGAAUCAAGCGACCCGCAGUCGAACGCAACGAGCAAUGUUCCGAACGAAGAUUUCGAUCUGGUGGAAUGCGUUGCGGAAACUAUUCCCGUAGCGGUGAAAAUGAAGCAACCGAACUUUGAGCAUCCAUCAACGUCUGCCCCGUUUAUGCCAACGUUCAAAGUUUUUAAUCACCCCGAUGCUGUGCCCCAGAUAUCAACCACAAUGUUCAUCCUACCGAAUUAUAUAGUCACCGAGGGCAAUUUGCAGGGCAAUAAAAACGUUUCCCUCAGUCAGACGGCUACGGAAAAUCGCAGCUUAACCCUAACAGAUACCGUGUCCGGUGCGGAUCCAUUCUCUCACGAAUCCAGCUCCUGUAUCCAAUGUAACUUCUUGGGGUGGCCAACUGCAAACGGACCGACAUCAGUUGAACAGAAAGCAGCCACUCUUCGUCAAAAUCAAUCAUACAAAAUGCCUGAAAACGAACGGAAAAUCUGUCAGAACGAUUCUUUUUUAUGGUUGGGCUUGAAAGUCGGGGUGAUGUAAACUUGUAGGGUAAAGUUGUCAAGAACAAUUCUGGCAUCUAGUUAAUUACAUUUAUGUUGACAUAAAUACUGAUCGGAAUGGUUCUAAUUAUUUACCACUCACCAAAUUUAAAAUGAGUUAUCAUGUAUUCACGGAACCCUGAAACUCACUAAGUAGAUCCUCUUGGCAGCUUUACCCACUCUCAAGUGCCCGCAGUGAGGCAUUCCGCCAUUUAUUGACGAUGCUAUCGAAGACGAAAAUGGCAUGAGUAGGAAAUUUCACGUCUCAGAAAAGAAAUUCGCGUGUAUCGAAGAAGCACGUACCUAUUCAGCAUAGCGCACCAUCACCACCGAAAGAAAAUAAAUAACGAUAAGAAAAAGAAAAACUCUAGGUGUAUCGAUAAAAAAAUGCGCUCUAUCAUAUAGAGCAUCAAAUUCAUAUUUUCUGACAAUGUGUUCCACUCAAGCUGGAGUUAAAACAACCCGCAUAGGAAAUUUAAUGUUUUCAUUUCAUUUAUUUCAUGUAGGAAAGCAAAAUCAAAUUUGAUUUGAACAGACAGCACUUCACUCAACCUGAACACAUUUGUCAAUAUGCGAAAGUAAAUUGUAAAUAAAAAAAGGCCAAUUUGCACAUUUCCCUACGCGAGAACCCAAGAUGUGUA